AUGACUAAUACAAGUCUCAAGAGUGAGAACUAUCCCGUCAAUUUGAAUGACGACCAGGGAACAGUGAAGGCAUUAGAAGAGAGUGGAUCCGAAAUAAGAUAUGAAGAAGUCGAUCCAACAUGCUUGAAUUCUAUCACAGUAUUUAGACACCGCCUUCAGAUUGCCCACGGAACGAGUCAUGGAACGAAACCAUUAUCGAUUCUUGUUAAUUCCCCGGCACAGGAAUUCGAAAACGCCCAAAAGGCAGCGAAAUUGGGGUACUUUGGCCCGAAGAAUAUGUCUAGCAUUCUACUCCCGAUCAUGAAACGUGAUGGAAAUAGUAGAAUAGUUAAUGUGUCGGUUGGCGGUGGAGGGGCGGGUUAUUGGAUAUGGAAGGCGGAUCUGGCCGACAGAUUCGAACUACGAAAUCUCUCAACGGAAGUAUUGGAUACCUUGGUACGAAAGUAUGUACGCGAUGCCGCCAAUGGGGAGCUUGUUGAACAAGGGUGGGCGAAACGCCUGGAUGUCAAAGGUCCCCAAAAUCAUCUUUAUGUCAUCCCGAGGAUGAUAUUGGGGGCGUACACCCAUCUUCUGGCGAGAGAAAAUCCCGACGUCCUGAUAAACGCCUCAGGUGGUGAUUCAUUCAAGUUUUUAAAGCAUGUAUACGGUGGUGCUAUCACACCCACCUUUUUGGCUUUAGGGGACUUAAAGGGUGUCUCUGGACGCUAUUGGAUUGCUGGAAAACCCGUGGAUUGGGAAAGUAAUCGAUAUAAACCCCCGGAAACUGAUAAAGUCUUAUCUUGGAAGAAACCUAACAAAGUAAAGGUGUCAGAGCUUAGUCCUAGUGAGCUAGAAGCCCCAACCCCUAGGCCCGAGAAACCGUUUACCUGGGUCUCGUUCAAGCCAAAGACCCUUGGACCGGACUCCUAG